GUGAAGGGAAGAAGCAGACCAAAGAGCAGAGAGUGGGUCAGAAAGACACGUUAUGUAGAGGCAAAUCCAUGUGCCCACAUGGUCGAUGAUGCCAUUACCAUUACUCCCAGAUCCUUCAAUCCUUACCUACAUCUACUCUUCCUCUAUCAUCAUCAUCAUUGCUUUCUUCUCUGCUUUUUGAUUUGAUUCGAUUCUCUUCACACAACCCAGAAGAGGAAAAAAAAUGAAGGAGAGCAGUGAUGGGUUUGUGAGGGCAGAUCAGAUUGAUCUCAAGAGCUUGGAUGAGCAACUGGAGAAGCAUCUUAACAGAGUAUGGACCAUGGACAAGAACAAGAAGAAAGAGGAUGACGCCUCCUCCGCCGCCGCCAUCCCCACCCUCGCCCCCUCCACCACCGCCUCCACCACCGCCCCCACCACCGCCCGACAAGACUGGGAGAUCGACCCCUCCAAGCUCAUCAUCAAGACCGUCAUUGCUCGUGGCACUUUCGGCACUGUCCACCGUGGCGUUUACGACGGCCAAGAUGUCGCCGUUAAACUGCUUGAUUGGGGGGAAGAGGGUCACAGGACAGAAGCUGAAAUUGCUUCACUGAGGGCGGCUUUUACGCAAGAGGUAGCCGUGUGGCAUAAGCUUGACCAUCCUAAUGUAACAAAGUUUAUAGGGGCGACGAUGGGCUCAGCGGAGCUAAACAUACAAACGGAGAAUGGUCAUAUAGGCAUGCCAAGUAAUAUUUGUUGUGUUGUUGUGGAGUAUCUUCCAGGGGGUGCCCUGAAAUCUUAUCUCAUAAAGAACCGAAGAAGAAAGUUGGCUUUCAAAGUUGUCAUUCAGCUGGCACUUGAUCUUGCAAGAGGGUUGAGUUACCUUCACUCUCAGAAGAUUGUUCACAGAGAUGUAAAGACAGAGAACAUGCUAUUGGACAAGACUCGAACUGUAAAGAUAGCUGAUUUUGGAGUUGCUCGGGUUGAGGCUUCAAAUCCUAAUGACAUGACUGGGGAGACUGGGACCCUUGGUUACAUGGCUCCAGAGGUCUUAAAUGGAAGCCCAUAUAACAGGAAAUGUGAUGUGUAUAGUUUUGGUAUCUGUUUGUGGGAGAUAUAUUGCUGUGACAUGCCAUAUCCUGACCUCAGUUUCUCAGAAGUGACUUCAGCUGUGGUUCGCCAGAAUCUGAGGCCAGAGAUACCAAGGUGUUGCCCUAAUUCUCUGGCAAAUGUAAUGAAGCGAUGCUGGGAUGCUAACCCUGACAAACGACCAGAGAUGGAUGAGGUGGUUGCUAUGAUAGAAGCCAUUGAUACAUCAAGAGGAGGAGGUAUGCUUCCUGUUGAUCAGCCUCAGGGCUGUCUUUGUUUUUUCCGCAAGUAUCGAGGUCCUUGAAGAAAAUUAUUCCCUCUAAGAAGAUACAAAAUUGUUAUAUUAAUAUUUCAAGAUUGGAAAGAUCCAACUGUUUUUAUGAUGGGGAAAAUUGGUAAUUGGAAUUUCAAAGCUGAGAAGAUUUGGAUGGUGGGUAUAGGCUGUGGAGCACUGCUACAUCUCGCCCAUGUAAAGCUUUUCUUUUGUUUUUCUCCCUCUUUUUUCUCCAAAUUUUUAGGCUUUCCAAAUUAUGUGUAUUUGAUUGACUUGCCAGUCGGGUAUGAACUGGCCUGCCAUCUCUCUUGUAAGAUCACCUUAUUAUUAUGAUUAUAAAGAUGAUUUAUACUGCUAUCUAUAUUCAAUCGAUA